UUGUUGGAUGUGGGUACUACGUUCGGCGACAGUGGGCCGAUGGGCUUGUCGCACGAGUUAUCAACAGCUGAUGUACCGUUACAAACAACUGACGUACAGACAGAGACGGAAAAGAUAGCUAUCGCACAAGUAGCUAGUCGUGCUCGUGAUAGUGUCGAUGCACUCGCACCUGUGUCAGAUAUGCAUAAGGCUGACCUCUUUACAUCUGGAGGCGUGACUGCUUAUAACGGUGCGGAUGGGCGGCAAUCAUUCAGCGCAGGAGGUGCUAAAACAACUCCAAUUCCAAUGCAGAACUCACCGAGUAAAAGCAGGAUGAAUGAUGACAAAACAAUUGUAGUGAAUAAGUUCUCUAACAAUAAUAACGCAAUAAAAGAUACAUCUUGUGAUGGUAAUUUUCAGUCUUCGCUAACUAUGGCCGAAAUAUUGAAAAAAGGUGAAGCUUGGAAAAAUGAAGAACCGCCAGAGGCCUGGAUAAAAGUUCAAAAGCGCAGAUUGCGUAACCGUUUUAUAGGAGUUUAUGAAUUGUUGUAA